CCGGGUUUACCACUGGGCCGCAGGAGCAGCAGGAUCAGCCGGAGAUUGCAGCGACGCAGGACAACGUACGUCCUGAGGAGUCCGAGGAGCAGCAGCCGAUCCACAGGCGCAGGCGAACGGAUCAACCACCCCGGCACCAGCACCAUGGCCAUUCACGAGCAGAUCGACAACCUGAACAUCUGGUGGUUUCCGCGUGACUUUUGCCAGUCCCGGUUCGGUGAGUUCCAGCAGAGCGGCACCAACUCGUGCACCCUCAUCUCCCUGAUACUGGCCGACAAGGUGGCCAAGGCGGAAAGGUUCUACCACCGGGUCUCCGAUCUGCCGAUGCGCGGAUGGGAGCUCUUCGGCAAUGCCAUGAACGAUGGUAACAACGUCUACCACAAUGUGAUCACAGCGAAUACCCCGCAAGCGCGCAACCUCAACCUCAAUAUACCGGAUGCUAUUGCGGCUAUACGGUCGCAGCACAAGAUGAACUUCCGGCUGGAGGAGUGGUUCUACACGCACAUGGAAGCCGAUCCCACCAAUCCGAUGUACAACAGGAAUGUGGCCGUGCAGCUGUCGAGGAUCUUCCAGAUCACAUUGCAGGUGUUUCAGCAGGCGGGCGGUCGGGACAUGCCAUCGCACCUGUUUGCCGCCAUCAUCGCUGACAGUCGAACUGUAAUGGUCACCUUCGAUUUCCGGGCCUCCAUCGUUGCCCUCUUCGACUCCCAUCAACACGGGCGGGAUGCGGGGGCUGUGUUCGCCCAGUGCACGCUCCAGAACAUGGACGACUUGCUAUUCUGGUUCAUUAGCAUGCUGCACAACGUCUACUCCAGCCGGCCCUCCCUCUUCGAGAUCUCGUUCCUCAGCUCCCAGCCCGGUGUGGCCAAGAGGAUACCGCCGGCCAUCAAGAAGAUCGCAGGGGAGUUAAAGAAGCCGGCCAAAAUGAACAUUCCCAAGCCAAUGAACUAAUUCAUCGCCUCCAUCGAUCUCCGUUCAUCCCAUCCAAUACACUGUCUAAGCUCGGGUUAAAGCUUCUUGGUCAUGUGAAACUAAAUUCAGUGGACCUAUCAGGAUCAAAAAACUUUACAAAUUUAUAGCCAAAAUGCAUGUCAUUCGGCCGUCGAUAUCCACCAAAUUCCAAAUUCAAAAUAGACCAUCAACCAAUAAAUAAUGAACAUAA